GGUUCAACUGCAAAAACCCUUCAUCUUAAAGGCUAAAUCCUCGCUCUCCACCAUAGUUGCUGUCAUCCAACACUAAUGUCGGCCACAAAUGCAAGUAAUGGCAGUAGAAUCGAAACUUACGAGGACUUCGUGAAAGUCCAUGAUCUGCUUUUAGCAGCAUCGGGGCUGCCCCAAUCACUUCAUUUUAAACUCUUCCAGAAGCUAGCAUCGGAAACAUUUGAUGGCGGAGCUCACUUCGAGAUUGAACCCUGCGAGGAAGGCCGUCAGAGACGGUUAUUGUUAACCUCCGAAACCAUGGCUAAAGACUCCAAUGUUUUCCUCAUCGACCAUGCCUGGACAUUUCGCCUCCCGGACGCCUACAAACAGUUGCAGGAGGUUCCGGGGUUGGUGCAGCGGAUGGCUGCUCUAAUGUGCGUGGACGUCGAAGACGACGGCGGUUCAGAACAGGCCGCUGAAAGUGGCGGGAAAAUGACCGCCGAGGAAGUUUUGGAGAGCGAAAUUCGAAACGCGAAAGAGACCGGAGAUGGAUUUGUGAGAUGGUUGGAGCUCGAGGAGCUUGGACUUGACGACGCCACCUUCCUUUCUCUCAACUUAUCCACUAAAUUUCCGGAUUUAUUGGCACUUAGCUUGUGCGGGAACAAGCUGGAAAACCAGGAGAAACUUGUUGAGGAAGUUACUAAAUUUAAGAACUUAAAGGCUCUUUGGUUGAACAAUAAUCCAGUUCUUGAAAAAAGUGACUGUGGCAUGGAAGAUGCAAUUCUUCAAGGAUGUCCCAAACUCGAAAUCUAUAACUCUAGAUUUACCCAUAAUUUUGGUGAGUGGGCAUUGGGAUUUUGUGCUGAUGUGUAUGGGAAGGAUAAUCCUGCAAGUAGUCAUCAGGGAAACCUUCCUUUGCAAAGUGUGACCUCACUUGACCUUUCGAAUAGAGGCAUCCAUAAUCUGAUCAAUAAGGCGUUCUCGCCUUUUGAGAUGCCAAAUCUUUCAUAUUUGAACAUUCGAGGCAAUCUGAUUGAAGAAAAUUCAGUCAGUGAUUUGUUUGGACUCUUGAAGGCCUUUUAUUGCUUACAAUCUUUGGAGGUGGAUAUACCUGGCCCACUCGGAGAUAGUGCUGUGGAAGUUCUUGAAUCCCUUCCCACUCUUUCCUCAUUGAAUGGUGUUGAUGCAUCCAAAAUCUUAGAAUCUGAAAAUCAUAUUGUUGAUUCAAUGCUUCAGCUACGUCUGCCUGAAUGGACUGCUGAAGAACCUCUUGCUGAUCGUGUUCUUAAUGCAAUGUGGUUAUAUUUAAUGACUUAUAGACUCGCAGAUGAGGAAAAGCUUGAUGAAAAUCCUGUAUGGUAUGUUAUGGAUGAACUGGGUUCAGCUUUGCGGCAUAGUGAUGAACCAAAUUUCAGGAUGGCUCCUUUUCUCUUCAUGCCAGAGGGGAAACUGGCAUCAGCAGUGAGCUUUUCAAUAUUAUGGCCAACUCAGAAUGUUAAGAGAGGCGAUGAGUGCACUCGUGAUUAUCUAUUUGGCAUUGAGGAGGACAAGCAGCGUUCAGCCAGACUUACAGCUUGGUUCUACACGCCACAGAAAUAUUUUAUUCAAGAAUAUGAGAAGCAUUUAAAGAAAUUGCAAUCAAAAUGUUUACCUUCUCUGUCUGUAAAAUCUUCUGCAACUACUGUUGUACAUCGCAGUGAUGGGAGUGCAUUACGUGUUUACACCGACAUACCUCAAAUUGAAGAAUUUUUGACACGGCCAGAAUUUGUUAUCACAAAUGAGCCAAAGGAUGCAGAUAUCAUAUGGACAAGUUUGCAGAUAGAUGAAGAGGUGAAAAAAGCUGUGGGAAUAACAGAUCAACAAUACAUAAACCAAUUUCCUUUUGAGGCUUGUCUCGUGAUGAAACAUCAUUUGGCAGAUACCAUACAAAAGGCACAAGGAUCUCCUGGAUGGUUGCAACCUACUUAUAAUCUUGAAACACAUCUAUCUCAACUUAUUGGUGACUAUUGUCUACGCAAGAGAGAUGGGCUAAACAAUCUAUGGAUCUUGAAACCUUGGAACAUGGCACGAACUAUUGAUACAACUGUUACUGAUAAUUUAUCUGCUAUUAUCCGUCUCAUGGAAACUGGUCCAAAAAUAUGCCAGAAGUACAUUGAGCAUCCUGCUUUGUUUCAAGGAAAAAAGUGUGAUCUUCGUUAUAUUGUACUGGUUCGCAGUAUAAAUCCUCUGGAAAUCUUCCUUGCAGAUGUCUUCUGGGUCCGGUUGGCAAACAAUCUAUAUUCCCUUGAGAAGCAUAGUCUUUUUGAGUACGAGACUCACUUCACUGUUAUGAACUAUGGUCGGAGGUUGAAUCACAUGAACACACCAGAGUUCGUUAGGGAGUUUGAGAAGGAGCAUCAAGUUAAAUGGCUUGACAUCCACCAGAGAGUAAAAAGCAUGAUAAGAUCUGUCUUCGAGUCAGCUGCAUCACUACAUCCAGAGAUGCAUGAUCCAAAGUCUAGGGCAAUGUACGGUGUGGAUGUAAUGCUUGAUGCCUCUUUCCAGCCUAAGUUAUUGGAGGUUACCUACUGCCCUGACUGUAUGAGAGCGUGCAAGUAUGAUACCAAAGCGAUAUGUGGUGGAGGCGAAACCGUUCGAGGUCCUGACUUCUUCAAUUUUGUGUUUGGUUGUCUCUUUUUAAAUGAAACUAUUCAUGUAUGCCAACUAUAAUUCAACUACUACACGAAAAGGUUCGUUUGUAUUGUUAUUAAAACCCCUAUUGGUUUCCAAUGUUGACAAGCUAUUACACAACAAGCAUUACAACAUAAAAAUUUACACCUUUGUUGUGUACAGCAGAUUUGCAUCUUA